UCCGGUUGUUGAUAAUGAUGGUGGACAUUGCUGUUAUUUUGUGAACAUUUGAUUGAUCUAGGACACUUUUAUUUAAUGAUUUGGAAUGGAAUGAAAAAAUCCGAAAAUGGCUGACAUAGCAGAGGUGCCGAAGUCAGAUGCUCCUACCCGAAAGAGUAAGCGGAAGGCUGCAAGUAAGGCAAUGGAAGAACUCAUGCCAGCUGAUGGCAACAAAGAUGAUGACAAAGAAACGGAUAAGCCAGAUUCUCCAUCCCGAUCAACCUCAUCUCCAGACCCUAACUGUGCCAUCUGUCUCAGCAAGCUGGAGAACAAGUCUUUCACUGACAGCUGCUUCCACAUGUUCUGCUUCAUGUGUCUCCUGGAAUGGUCCAAGAUCAAGGCAGAAUGCCCAUUGUGCAAACAGCCUUUCAAGAGUAUAAUUCACAAUGUCCGCUCUUAUGAUGACUAUGAUCAGUACCACCUUGAAGUCGACGCAGUAGGGACCUUUGGUAGCCCCAGCGGACGCCGUUUUCGUUACCGGACAACGUUGACCCAAGAUCAUGUUUUCGGUUUCCGCCCAAGAAGAAAUUCUCAACAUCCUGACAUUGGAAGCCGUUUGCCUACCACGAUUACGACUCGUCAAAAUUGGCGUCGGCAGAGAGAAGCUGCUACAUCAGAAUUCAGACGACGUGUUUACAUCAACGGAAUGCGAGUGGUAGGAAUUAGAGAUUCAAGUGGAAGAUCUCGGAAUAUAUCACCUGAAUUCUUUGCCUCAAACCCAGCUACAUCCCAUCGCCUAGUGCCCUGGUUGAACAGGGAGUUGAAUGCUUUGCUCUACAAUCAUGAGGAACAUGUGCAAUUUGUUCUAGAAUUGAUCAUGGAUUUGAUUAAAAGGUUCCCUAUUCAGAGUGAAGAAUUCUUUCAGCAUGUGUUUCCAUUUAUUAGCAGACACACGAGACACUUCAUGCAUGAAUUUGAAAGCUUUGCAAAGUCCCCCUUCUGUAUUUCUUCAUAUGAUCAAAAGGCCAUCUAUGAGCAAAAACCAGAGUCAGUAUCAGACUCAGAUUCGGUUCAUUCUGAUGGAAAUGACAGCGAUGUGAUGAUAGUGUCCCCAACUUAUUGUCCAACAUCCCCGAGUUAUGUCCCUAAUCCAGCAAGACGAAGACGUGACCCUGGGGCUGUUAGACGCCACCAUCCUCGGUCAGAGAUAACUCCGUACUCUGUCAGUCUCAGGGAUUUAUUGGAGGAAGAUGAUGACCAUGUUACAUCCCACUCAGGCUGGGAGUCUCCUAUUGCUGGUCCUUCUUGGCACUUGACUCCUGAUACUAGCAAUGCCCUAGCAGUUCCUGGAAGCUCCAGUUCACAGCCAGGACCAAUCUAUCAAUUUCUUAAUAACAUAGCACGAAGGAAGCGGUCAAAAGUGAAGGUGGAAGGUGCCACUGGAAUUAAUGUAGAUUCUGAGACGAAUUUGGUUGAGUCGGAUUCAGAUUCUGGUAGUGAAGUGGUAUGUACUGGCUAUGACAAGCCCUGGCAGGAAAGGACUCCAGUUGUUGUUUCAACAGAUACAGAAGAAGAACGUAUGAUAGAAAAGGCAGAGAAGCUUAAGAGAAAGAAAGACCAGUCCAGGAGACCAGAAGAUUCCAAGAAAAGUAGGAGGAGGUCAAGAAGUCCAUCUCAUUCAAGAUCACGAAGAAGGAGAAGGUCGAGGUCAUCAUCUUCUCGAUCUAAUCGCAGAAGAAGUAGAUCCUGUUCCACGUCAAGACAUCGACAUCGUCAAAGAUCGACAUCUUCUCGAUAUCGCAGUAGGUCAAGGUCAGAGUCAAGACAUCAACGAUAUAGGUCUCCUUCACCAUCCACUAGGUCAAGAUACAGAAGAAGGAAUAGAUCCAGAUCUCUUGUUUAUGAGGAUGCAUUUGGCUACUCAAGACGUACAACUCAUUCUCCGGAAACAAACAGUGUGAUACAUUCAGACUCUCGAAGGAAGAAGAAAAAGGACCGUCACAGAAACUCAAGGUACAGUGACUCCUCAUCUAGGUCAAGGUCAAAAUCCUCUGAGAUAUAUCACAGAAGUAGACAUAAUAAAUCAAAAAGUUCCAGAAGACAUAGACGGUCAAGAAGUUCUAGUGUUGAAGUCUUAACAAGCAGACAUAGACACAAAAAACAUCAUAAGAAGCAUAAAAGGAGCCGAGACAGUGAUAAAGAGAAAGGUGCUUCUAAUAAUGUCCAGUACAAAAUAGUGAAGGAUAAAACUGAUGGAAAAUCUUCCAAAGACCCACUCUUGUCUAUUACCAUUAAAAGAGAUAAGUCUGAAGAUGCACCUGUUGUCUCAAGCACUGUUGAUGCAGCUCCGGUUGUUUAUCCUGAAAUAGAUAUCCCUGAUGAUAUAGUCAUCAGAACAGAACCAGUUAGUCCUCAGCGUACAGCUGAAACAUCAAAUGAGACAGUGACACAGACAAGCGAGGAAAGCACAAGCUCCUCACAGCAGGUUCCCAUUAGUACAAGCUCCACACCUCUGACACACAACCAGACAGGUUCAUCCUCUCAGAAGAAACCAGCAACUCCUAAAGAUGGCUCUGACAGAAAGAAGGAAGAUUCUGACUCCUCUACUGAACGUGUGGAAGUCAAGAGAAAGUCAUUCAAAAAACAUCCAUCUGGACACAAGAAAAGCAGGAGGCAGUUGCCACGUCUUCCUGAUCCUUCCACAAGCACUGUUACCAGUAGCACAAGUGUUUCCCAAGUGUCUGACCGGAGGAUCCCAGUACUGGAUGCUAUGGCUCACUUGUUCCAAGGAUUAAGUAACCAGGGCAUUUCUCAAACUCCACAGUCUGAUUUGAGAUCAGUUAUCCCUGGGAUGAUGUCGAACUUCUUUGAUACCAAUUUGUUGUAUGGAUAUCCUGCAACCGAUUGGUCCAGCUUGUCAAACUUCCUACCAAGACCUCCUGCUCAAGUGACCUCAUCUGACCACCCAGUGAUGGUGAGUUCCAGUGAUGAUAGUGAUGUUGUUUUAGAAUCUGUAGAUAACAGCGCCACACAUGCUGUGUCAUCUAGCAGCAAUUCUCUCCGAGACCAGGGCCUCCAGGACUUGAUGAGUGUCAACUUCAUGGACAGGAUUCCUGUUCUCUGUGAUGAGAUACAUAGUCAUAAGAGUAUUGAAGUCCAAGAGGAAAUCAACGUUGUGAAUUCGGAUAGUGAUACCAUCAUUGAGGCUAGUUCUACUGGAAGACCAAUAGCCUCUGAUGCUGUAAUGGAGGUCAUUGACAGUGAUGAUGAACCUAAGGAUCCCGCCACACCGGAGAGGACAGAUACAACUUCCAAGAAUGAUGAGUCCAAUGACACAGACAAUGUUGGAAAAGACCUCCCUGGUAGGACUGGGGACACUUCACAGACAGAAAUAAUUUCAGCUGCUUUAACAGAAGCACUACCUGUUCAACAAGAUUCAAAUUCAAAUCAUACAUGCUCUAUGAAUGCAAGCUCCUCAACAGUAAACACUUCUGAUCUUGACACUGAGAAGAAUGAGAUGGUUGCUAGGGACUCCUGUGCAUCAGAAGUCCCAGAUGACUCUGCAAUGAAUAGUAGCAACAUCAAUGAAAGUAUAAGCCAAAAUGUGUCAACCUCUGGAGAAGAAUCCAUUGAUGUUGGCAUGGAGUUACCACCAGGAUGUUCAGCUGACCUAGUUCCAGUUAAUGAUAGAAAUGGAACUGCAACUGACCACAGAUCAGAAGAAUCAAUGGACAUUGAUGUUGUUGGAGAUUCUGACGCUGGAAUGAGAACUGACAUAGCAUUUGGUAAUUUCAGAGAUGCUUCUUCAAAUGGAAAUGGUUCUCAACAGCCUAAUGCUAGUGAACAGAUAGACAUGGUGUCUCAGUUAAUGAAUAGUGGACAACACAGUGCUGACAGUACUGGACAUGUAGAAGACUGUAUCAGUAGUUCUCCUCCUGAGCCUUACCCACUUAAUGUGGGUGAAAGUGAUAAAGUAAGCUCACAUUUGCCUAACAAUUCUCCCCAGCAAGACAAUGAGCAGCUGUCAUCUGAUAGCAGGUCAUCAGGUUCUGUGGAAGCUGAAGGCAACUUUGAAAUCAGUUCUGCAGGUAACAGAACCAGUGCCAGACGUGACCGUUCUCUUGACGAUGGUGAAGUUGUCUCAUCUGAAAACGGUGACUCGCUGCCAGGUCCUGCUCCUCAGGUGAUUGAAGGUGUGAGUGAAAUUUCCUCGGACGAGGAUGAGGUGCUUGUUCAGAGGUAUCCUCAAGUCAUUGCAGAUGCUAGUGAUAUAUCAUCAGAGGAGAGUGAUUUCGGGGAGGGCACUCAACCAACAUCUAGUUCUGUGUCAGGAUCGUCUAAACUAAAUCCUCAAGUGAUUGGGGACAAUACAGAUUCUUCGGAUGAGGGUGAGAUUUCUUCAGAUGAUGAUGUCCAGCCUCAAGUGAUAGAGGAUGUCAGCAAUGUGUCAUCAGAGUCCGGUGACUGCAGUAGCAGACAUGAUUCAGAGAAUGAAAUAACCCAGUUUCAAACUGGCAGGUCAACCACUGUUCAAACUUCAUCAACAGCAAGCAUUUCAAGAGGGUUGAAUGGGACCACAGCUGUGGAUUCAAGACUUAAAAAUAGUGAUAAUGAUGACAGUAGUUCGGGAGAACUAAGUGAUAAUAGUGAUGAUGAACAGGUUUAUGAUGAUAUUUCAUCAUUAGAGAACUUUGACUCGCCAGCAAGUCCAGUCAGUCAGCCUUUGGUGACAAGAGACUUAGAGGACUCGCUGAGUGAAGGAGAAAUAGUAUCAGACUGAAUGAAUGUGCUGUCUGAUCUUACGUCUUUCCCCACAUGCACACAUAUUGUUAUAGAUCAUUCAUGGUUAGUUUGCAUUUAAAUAGCCAACAAGGAUCUUUCAUGUGAACCUGCAAACUUGUACAUAAGAUUAUAUUUAACGAUAUGGCGUCAUAGAUUAGGACUGUUUUAAUUUCUUUAUUUUGCAUGUUUAGUAGCAAAGAUUGUUUUGUGUAGUCAGGCUAAGAAUGCAGAAAUAGGUGUGGUUGUGAGUAAACUAAUUUAUGGUGUGGUUGAUUCAGUUCUUGCAAGUGUUUACACACAUGGGUGGGGGAAGACAUACCACCAACGUCACUGAUCCCUGGGCUAUAUUAAGCCAGAUUCAAAACAUAUAGCAGCAAAUCUCAAGGGCCUCCGCUUAUUCUGAACACUGCCAGUCAUUCUUGGUUUAUGAAUGAGUUUCUGUGACACAGUAUGGUUUGCAUGUCUGUCAUGUAUUCUUAUAACAGACAUACUGUUCAAGGCGUUAAUCUCACUAACUUUACAUAGCCACAUUGGGUUAAUGACACAAUUUUACAAUUCUAGAUUUUGAUGAUUUACCAUUUCUAAAAGCAUUGGCGUCACAAGUCAUUAUUUUUCAAAAACGUUUAUGUAUUCUUAUUAUGUUCAGUGUGGCAGUGUAAUAUGUAUAACCAAGACUAGUUGUAUUGUGCUAUGGUAAUAAGGAUUUAGGGGGCCACAUAACUAAUCAGGGGCGGUGGGGUAGCCUAGUGGUUAAAGCGUUCACUCGUCACGCCGAAGACCAGGGUUCGAUUCCCCAGAUGUGUACAAUGUGUGAAGCCAAAUGACCUGAUUUUUACUUUCAAGAAUAAAAAGAGACUUGGUGAAAAGUCACAAAAAAUUCUGCAAUCCUAUCCUAAGGCCAGACCAAUUUUAUUUCUUAUUUUGCAGAUCCUCUGGUCAUAUUUUUUCAAAAAUAUGAAAAAAGGAAAACAAUUCCCCACUCAAAAAUUCAAAUCCUAAUGUUUGUAUUGGUAAAAAAUGUAAACAUACAAGAAACUUUUUUCGAUUGUUUUUUGCCCCAUAUACACUUCAUAGAUUGCCAAAAGUAAAAUACUUUUAGUAUUUUGAAGGAAUAUUACUUUGACUGGUGAUUUCUUUAAAAAAAAAUUCCUUCCUGCCAUCAGGUUUUCUGAGGACAAAAAUGUGUGAAACAAGAAAUAAAACUGGUCUGGCCUAAAGAACAUUUUUCAACCAAUCAGAUUAGCAGUCAUAGCAGUCAGUUCCCAGUCUUCAGUCUAUGUCCAGAUAUUGCAUCUAGUCCUGAGUGGAGACAUUGUCUCUAUGCAAAAAUAGUAGAACUGAUAUGUAAAAGGUAGAUGUUUUUCUAGGUAACUUUGAAGAUAUUGUUGAUGAAAACAACCAGGUUAUGUUUUUCAUAGAAAAUGCCAAAUGGAAUAUGCUGUUCCACUUUUGAUACAAUAUUAUUAUCUCACUGUGAUGCACAAAACUGAUUCUAAUUGUGUCGAGUUUAUGUUGAAAUAAUGUAUCUGAUAGUCCCUAUCAAAGGUUGUAGUGUAUUUUGAUGUAUCGGUUAACAGUGUAACAGUGUGUUUGUUGCUUGAUGCAGCUCUGAGCACUGUUCCAGACAUGUGAAGUAGUCAUUUUCCUUUAUGGCUCUGGUAGGGUAGUCUAGUGGUUAAAGCAUCUGCUCGUCACACCAAACACAAGGGUUCGAUUACCAACAUGGGUACAAUGUGUGUCCCCGCAAUGAUAAUGCUGGAAUAUUGCUAAAAGUGGUGUAAAGCCAUUCUCACUCACUUAAGACUCAGGUGUCACAUUCAAGGUCAUGUUGUACAAUGGUAUUUCAUUUGACUCUUGAAUUGAAGGUUUAUAUAUUAUAAGCUGUGUUUUGAAAUAAUCAGUAUCAACUAGAUUGAUAUACAACAUAAAAUGUAACUUACUUGAGAGGCAUUUAGAAGUUGGAGCACAAAGGAAGGAUAACAAUAUAUAUAAGGCCAGACCAAUUUUAUUUCUUGUUUUAUGGAUCCGACA